UAACAACACGAAACUGUCAUAGUACGAGCUCUGCUGAAGUGUUUUCACCUGUGCAUGGUCAAGUUAUAAACGUUGGGUGAUAAUACAAAACAGACAUUUGUCAGUAACACAAGACAAAAUAUUUGAAAAUGAAGGAAUUUAAUAAAAAUUACGGAUUAUUAAUUCUAUUGUUGAUAUUUGGAUGUGUGCGUUUUUUGAGAGCUGAUGAUGUGAAUGAAGUAACUUGUGAAUCUACUCAUUGGCAAUGUUUAAAGAGUGGAAAAUGCAUUCCGCUUAGCUGGAAAUGUGAUUCAGAAAGAUCCGACUGUGGGCCUGAUGACGACUCCGAUGAACAAAACUGUCCUCCAAAGACCUGUGCAGAUGAAGAAUUCAGUUGUCCUAGCACUGGCCAGUGUGUGCCUAAAAGAUGGGUAUGCGAUGAUGAUGCUGAUUGUGACAAUGGAGAAGAUGAAGCCAAUUGUGAAGACAAGGAGAAAGGACACUGUGGAGUUGAUGAGUUCAGCUGUGACAAUGGCCACUGUUUAAGCAUGCAAUGGAGAUGUGAUGGAGUGGAAGAUUGUGAUAAUGGACUUGAUGAAAUGAACUGCACUGCAACUUGCGAUGUUGGCAUGUUCAAGUGCCAUGAUGGAAAUUGUAUUUCUGACUCGUGGCUUUGUGAUGGAGAUUCUGAUUGUUUAGACGGGUCUGAUGAAAUUGAAUGCGGAGAAAAAACAUGUUCUGAUGGGGAAUUCAAAUGUGACGAUAAACUAAGAUGUAUUGACAUCAAAUGGAAGUGUGAUGGCGAUUUUGACUGCUCAGAUCACAGUGAUGAAACUAACAAUUGCACUUACACUAACCACGAAGAACCAGAGAUCUGUUCGCCAUCAACAGAGUUCAAGUGUGUCACAUCUGGAGAAUGUAUCCACAAGUCGUGGCAGUGUGAUGGUGAUCCAGACUGUACUGAUAGCUCUGAUGAAAAUAAUGAUUGUGAUUACACAUGUAGGGUUGACCAAUUUAUGUGUGAAAAUCAUGUGUGUAUAUCUAAUACAUUGAAAUGUGAUGGAAAUGCUGACUGCGAGGAUAGAUCUGAUGAAAAAAAUUGUGUCAGUAACAAAACAUGUGAUGAACUGGGCGAAUUUGAUUGCUAUGGUGAUAGUUCCUUUUGUAUAGCCAUUGAAAAAGUAUGUGAUGGUAAAAAUGACUGUCAGCGCAGAGAAGAUGAGGACAGUGCUCUCUGUAAACCCAAGAAGGAUAAACCUGACCGUGAUCCAUGCUUGCAUCACAAAUGUGGUAACCAUUCUCACUGUGUAAACAAGGCAUAUUCCGACAGCACACUUGUAGCUAAAUGUGAGUGCAACAGUGGAUACCGAUGGGUAGAGGAGGAGAAAUUGUGUAAAGACAUUGACGAGUGUGAACAGCCAGGUCUCUGCUCUCAGAUCUGUAUCAAUACUAGAGGUGGCUAUAAAUGCGAGUGUUAUCCCGGCUAUACCAUUGAGAAGCAUUAUUUCUGCCGAGCUAAUGGCGAAAAGGCAUGGUUGUACUACACUAAUCGUAGGGAUAUUCGUAGACUGAGGACUGACUCUAGAUACAUGGAAAUUAUUGUUGAGGAAACAACUAACAGCAUUGCUUUAGAUAUAGAUUAUGAAGAUGGUCUGAUGUUUUGGACAGAUGGUGGCACUGAAAAAAUUAUGAGAGCCAAGGUUGGUGGUGAUGCGGUUCUUGCUAAUGAUAUUCAAACGUUGAUCAGUAAUGAAAAGGGAGAUGCCUUUUCCCCAGAUGGACUUGCUGUUGACUGGCUGUACAAACACUUCUACUGGACUGACACUGGGUCUGAUACCAUCAGGGUGGCAAAUUAUGCUGGAGACAAGUCCAAGACACUCGUCUCAACUGGUCUUGAUGAUCCAAGAGCUAUCUGUGUUGACCCAGAAAAUGGAUAUAUGUACUGGACAGACUGGGGUCAGAACCCAAAGAUUGAGAGAUGUGGAAUGAAUGGUGAGAACAGAGAAACAAUUGUGAAUGGUGGUGAUGAUUUGCAAUGGCCUAAUGGUCUCACUAUUGAUUAUAUUGGAAAGCGAAUUUAUUGGAUUGAUUCCAAACUGCACAAGAUUGGUACUGCUAACUUUGAUGGAAGUGGCAAGGGACAUGUUCUUGUUGAUGCGACAGAGAUCAGUCGUCCAUUCUCCAUCUCCGUAUUUGAAGAUUCUCUUUACUGGACAGACUGGCACACAAACUCCAUCCGUUCAAUCCAUAAGAUUACUGGUAGAAAUGCAAAGACAUUGUCCCUUGGUUCUUACUCUGUGAUGGAUAUAAAAGUCUACCAUGAAUUGAGGCAAAUAAGAGACUUCAAAGAAAAAGCCAAGGACUUGUGCAGAAAUGCCCAGUGUGAAUACAUGUGCCUGCCAGCAGCCAAGAUGAGCAGUAAUGCCACAGUAUCAUGUGUUUGUGCUGACAACCAACAGUUGAAAAGUGAUAAAAGAUCUUGUAUGGCUGGCCCAGCAACUCCUGCACACACUCCAAAACCCACAACCCAGGCACCAAUCACCCAAAAAACAGGAGAAACCACACAAAAAGGAAGUGGAACAACUCCAAAACCUGUACAAACUACCAAAGGAUCAGGGUACACAGUUGUUCCAGAAGGAACCAGUACAGUUGGUACACCAGGUAAACAAGAAGGAAAUGGCGUUGGAGGAAUUGCUGCCAUUACUGCUGCCAUCGUUGUUGUAUUGCUCAUUGUUGUAUUUGCUGUUGGAUGUUUCAACUUUAGAAGGUACAACUCUAGAAAUAAGAAGAGUAUGAACUUUGAUAAUCCUGUAAACGGAAAACUACAACAACAGACGAUCAUUGUACGAUCAGAAGUGAUGAACCACAAAUGGAGCCGUUAACCUCGCACGAAUGUGUUUGAUAUGAAAGAGACGUUAGGAUAAAAACAUUUUAAUAUAAUUGAAAAGAUUUUCCAUAGAAGUGACGAGAAGAAUUUUUUAAUACAAGAUCUGAACAUCGGUCAUCGUAACAGCUGGUAUAUACAUCAAUCUCAAUCACGACUCUAGGGAAACCCUGAUAGGAGUAACCAACAAUUUUUCAGUCUUGUGAACUAGGAUCACCCAAAUUUAGAGAGAUAUUUUAGGAGUUAAUUUAUUUAUGCAUCAGAUGCAGUAAGAGGUAGCCAUAUUACUAGGAACAGUGGGGGAAAAUUUCUCUUGAAGGUUAGUUUAGACUACUGAGUAUGCGCCUUUCCAGCACAACAAAUUUAAAGGAUGGCAUAGUCUAAACAAGCUGUCUCGAAGAAUGUUGUACUCCGAGGAGAAUAGAGUCCAAAAAAAGGAACAAACCUCAAUUAUGAGAUAAUGAUCAAAUCAUUAUACACACCAGCAUAGUUCUAUCACAAAUCUAUGUUCAACAUAUCAGCAUUGCAUGAUGUUUUAAAGUAGUUAUUGUGGUUGAUAAUCUGUUCUCAAUGCUCACAUUCCUUAUUGCAAAGUGUUUCCCUGUGCCAAGAGAUGUAUUUCUUUUCAUUCAUAUCUUAUGUGAUAAAAUUAUAUUCCAUGUGUGUAAAGGACAUGUACUGAGAAAACUUUACAGGUAAAAGUGUGUUUUCAAGGUACUUCGGAGUUCUUUGUAGACUAGAAUCAGAAUUUCUGUGCAAUCAUGUUAUUUUUUUUGUACAGCACUUGUUGCUCAGCAAAAAUUUGCUUAUGGUAAACUUUCUUGGCAGGCCUCCUAGAUUUCAUAAUUUCCUUAAAUUGUUACAUAAUGAGUCAUUUGUUCAUGCAUAUGUCCUUGGUAUGCUUGAUAGCUAUUGUUAUUUUAGUUUGUGAUGUGUUCACUAAUUAUGUUUUCAUAAACAGCUACACAAAAAUGCUAGACUUCUAGUAUGCAACUGUUUUGGCAUAGUUUCUGCAAAUCACAUACUUAGAAAAUGCUGUAUUGUCAAUAGUGUGCCCGUUAGCUUAAGGCUGCACUUUAAUAUUACAUAUUAAGAAGCUUAAUGCUUUUUUUGGGGAGACCAUUUCAUUAUGAUGUUAUUUUUUUCAAAUUGGGACCCUCUAGGAGGCCAGGUCCUAUUAGAUUUACUUUUUACUGGGAUACAACUUGUGCUAUAUGUAUGUUGUUAUAUGGAAUGAUUUUAUUACCAUUCCUAGUUGUUAUUCCUGAGGGAACUAAAAUUGUGUAAAUGCUGUUUUGAAAGUUGUUUUACUUUUUUUUCCUGAAUUUACUGGUAUUGUUUUAUAUUUAGCAGUAAUCUUGCCUAUACUUCACUUACAGAAAUAAUAUAAAACCGAAAAUCUUACAAAAUAAGAACAAACCAGAAAUCAUAAUGUUUUCUAUUAGGGAAGGGCAAUUCCUAGUGCGAGUGAUGUGAAAUUGUUGACCCCCAAACAGGUGCUUUCUAAUUUAACAUUGUAUUUUAAGCUAACAUUUAAAUGUCUUUCAUUCCAUCAUUAGCAUAUUAAACGUGAAGUGUUCGUUUUGUGUUUAGCUUACUUGUAAACAUUACCAUGUUUUCAUCGGCAGAUGUUUUUUUCUCAAACUUCCAAAUUUUGCGAAAGAAAGCCUUAUAUCAUUAUACAGUGUAUAUAAUUGUUUUGGCUACUAUGAAUUACUUUGAAUGUGAAAUUGUCAAGUUUCUGAAACUUUUUUGAAGGAGUCUCUCUACUAUACUGUAAGUUUGUUAGAGCAUCGACAUGGAACUGAUAAUAAUUUACACGCAUAUUCAUCAUUGCUAUAGUGAAGCAUAAUAUAUUUAUCGUUUUAUGAUGUUACUUGGGUAAAAUAAACCCACUUGGUGGUUUUAUCCACUAGUGCUCGAAACACAGUGCUACUGUUAUUAUCAACGGCAUAUACGUUUUAUUAUUGAACAGUCCAUCCUUGUGUUGUAUAAUGUUAAGAAAGUCGAGACAUUGCUAAGUCAAAUCCAUAAAAAAGUGCGACAUCUGUUUAGGCCACAAUAUAUCAAGUUACUGCUAGUUUAUCAUUUUUUAUAUAUUGUCCUUAUAGUUUCUUGAUUAUGAGUCUCCUGGGUUUAUAUUAACACUGUACUUGCAUUGUUAAGGAGAUAACUUGACGUUGUCAUUUAUCAUUUUCAAGCAAGACACCUUAAAAAUAUGUUAAUUAGGACUUGGGCUGGCCAUUUCAGAACUACAGCCAUACAUGUUUGAUGUCAAAAUUGCAUAUUUUUCUUAUGUACUGUUGCGAAUGGAGGAAAUGAAUCCUUGGUUCUUUCAGGCUUUAGAAUUUCUUUGUCAAAAAUGGUUUUUAUUCGAAAGGAAAGUAUUUCAGACUGAAGUAAAGUUUAUUCAAGUCCAUUUGCGUCAUACUACAGGAUAUUUAUGAUAAUCUAGCAGUUAAGUGAUGCAGGAUAUUGUUCAAAUUCAUAUUCGUCUACAUAUACAACGUAUUGUGAGAUUAGUUGUAAAUAGUAGUGUACAUUUUGUAAAUAUUUUCUUACCUUUAUUGAUAGACAUAAGUAUUGUCUGUAGACUGAAAUAUUUUGCUAAGGCAAAAACCUUUGUGGAAUACUAAAGAAAGCAUUGAAACAGCUGAUUAUGUAAUUUAUAUUUUCUUUUUUUUAGUAUAUUAAGGUUGUGAAUUUAUCCCCUUAUGUCACGAUUUUCCUGUCCGUCACUGUUCAAAUUUGUUCAAAGAUCUUGUACUGCAGAAAAUACUGAAUUAUGAAGGGAUAUUGACUUUAUGUUUACAGCAAACAGUGAGAAAAAGCAGCUGAAAUUUCCUCUUACAAUUUUUAACACUAUUCGAAACUUGAAUCUCCACUGCUCACUAUGUUGCAUUUUGUUUACUUCUGUUCUGUUAUCAAUUUUGUUGAAAGUUUAUUUAUUUGAAUGCGUGUUUGUAAAUACAUGUAAAUAUUGUAAAUAUUAACUAGCGAUAACUGUGGUACUUCAGUGUAGAUGUUGGUCUGUAUUUAGUUCUGUAUAUAUUAUAACCCUUACCAUGCUGGACACGAUUGAUUCCGCCUUUGCGACCAGUGUUGAUAAUGAUCAGCCUGCACAUCUGUGAAGUUCGAUCAUGAUCUGCACUGUUUGCUAUUCAGUCAGUAUCUUUUUGGUAAGCACCCCUUUUAACAGUUAAUGGUACAGUCCAAAUUGAUACUAAGUAGAUGGUCUAGUUCAUUUUAGAAAUUUAGCAGGGUAAGGGUUAAAAGAUGUAAAUGCUAUUUAGGUAAGUAGUUCUGAUAGAUUUGCAAGAGUGGUAGCUGAAAUUUUUAUGUGCCAUUGAAAGGAUGCUACCAAGCUGACAUAUAUCAAACAAUCUGCAUUUAUAAUUCUGUAUUCCUAUUGUACGAAGUUGCUGUUAAAAUUGUUCUUUGUUAUACAAUUUACACAGUUAUCUCGAGAUCAAAAUUCAUACUAUAUUUUUGUAUACUCUGCUUACAUAAAAAGUUACUAGUGUAAAUUUUCCUGGUACAGUCAAACCUAUAUAUAGCGACAAUGUUUCAUAGUGGUCGUUAUUUACAGGUGGUCUGUAAUGACAUUUUCCUGGUACAGUCAAACCUAUAUAUAGCGACAAUGCUUCAUAGUGGUCGUUAUUUACAGGUGGUCUGUAAUGACAAGUUAAUGUAGACUGCAGUACACUUGAAUCUGAACUGUAACCAUUAGUGUUUGGAGCCAGCUAUACAAAGAAAUCCCUAGUAAUGUAUAUGUACUCUGUAUGUGAGGGACGCACAACUUUCUUUGGGACGAAAUGAUUACAGUUACAAAGUAUUUAUUAUUGUGUAAGUGUGGUUGAAUAUUUGUACUUGUGCUUGAUUAGUAAAAAAUCUAGUGCUACGAUUUGUAUUUCGUAUAUUAUGUGUCAAAUUCAUGAAAAUGCAUUUUCAAAUUUAAAAAUAAAAACUAUGUAAAAAAAAAAAAA